ACCCCCGCCAGUCCUCUGGAUGCGCAUGCGCAGUGACCUCUCAGUAUUUCCGUGUAGUGGAGCUGUCACCAGUCUGAGGCGGAACACCACACACGAAAAGAACCAAAGAAGAAGAAGAUGAAGAACAAAGUCAGCAGCACUCAAGUGAGUGUAAAGCGAUGGUCCUGGUCCUGGCAGCAGUACCUGAAUGAACAGAAAGCUGAAGCUGCUCCAAUGACACUCUUUACACAGUCCCAGUCCUUUCCCAGUAGGAGAACUGCUUUUAAAGUUGGGAUGAAGCUGGAAGGCGUCGACCCACUGCACCCCUCCAUGUUCUGCGUGCUGACGGUUGCCGAGGUGAUCGGAUAUCGGCUGCGUCUCCAUAUUGAUGGCUACUCAGAGUGCUAUGACUUCUGGGUAAACGCUGACUCAGCAGACAUCAGACCGGCAGGCUGGUGUAGAGACCACAACCACAAGCUCCACCCACCUAAAGGUCAAAGUGAGACACAGUUUGAAUGGCAGCUCUACCUUCAGUCCACAGGCUCUGAUGCGGCGCCUCCAUCCCUGUUCACCUGUCGCACUACAGGCUGUGGAUUCAGGCUGGGGAUGAAGAUGGAGGCUGUCGACAAGAAGAACCCCGGACUUGUCUGCGUCGCCUCCGUCGCCGAUGUCAUCGAAGAUCAUUUCCUUGUUCACUUUGACAACUGGGACGACACGUACGACUACUGGUGUGACAGCAGCAGUCCGUACAUCCAUCCUGUCGGCUGGUGCGAAGAACAGGGACGACCUCUGACCGCCCCCCAGGGUCAUCCAAACCCAGAGAACUUCCUGUGGGAAGAAUACCUGCAGGAAACCGGUUCCACUGCUGCUCCCAGUUCAGCCUUCACACUGAGAGCUCCACAUGGUUUCCAGGUGAACCACAGGCUGGAGGCCGUCGACAGGAGGAACCCCAUGUUGAUCCGCGUUGCCACAGUAACAGAUACAGAAGACUACAGGGUGAAGGUUCAUUAUGACGGCUGGUCACAGCAGUUUGACGUCUGGUGUGACAGCGACCUCUGUGACCUUCAUCCUGUCGGCUGGUGUCAACGCACAGGACACCCACUGGAACCUCCCCCAGGUCAGACAAACAGGUCAGAGAGAGACAGAUUGGACAGACAGGUCAGAGAGAGAGAGGGACACAUCGGACAGACAGGUUCCUCCCCCCUCUCCUCUCCCUCUCAGGGUGUAUGUCCCACUCCAGGCUGCAGAGGAGUCGGACACAUCAAAGGAGCCAAAUACACCGGACACCACAGUGCCUUUGGCUGUCCAUACUCAGAUAUUAAUAUGCGUAAGGAGGUGGUGCUCCCUGAUAGGCUAGGAGGAGAGAGAGUGGUCACCCUCGUACCUGUCACCGUGCAUCAGUCAGACAGGAGAGGUAUUCAGCUGAAGACGGAGCCGAGAGACGAGACUCUGCUGCUUCCACUGGGGAAGAGAAGAAGACUGACAGACAGACUGUCUCAGCCAACCAAAUUCCUCUGUGUGAAACAGGAAGUGGAGGAGCUUCACCUGAGACCCCUGGGACCAGCAGAGUCCAGCCUGCAGGCUGCCCUCCACCAGUCUGUCUUCCUGUCGGCCAUGUCGGCGCAGCCCGGCCGAGACCUGUCGCUCUGCUGGGAGCAACACCGCAAACUGCUGCCGGGGGUCGCAGGGGUACACGCCGAGACUGUCCAACACUGGAGUGUCCAACAGGUAUCAGAUUUCAUUGAGUCUCUCCCCGGAUGUGAGGAACAGGCGAAGCAGUUCAGAGAUGAGCAAAUUGAUGGGCGAGCCCUCCUCCUUCUCACCCAGCGGGACAUUGUGAGGAUUAUGUCAAUCAAACUUGGUCCUGCCCUCAAGAUUUACAACUCCAUCCUGAUGUUCAAACAUGCCGAGGACAGUAGCCAAUCAGACGCUGAGAAUAGGAGCCAAUUACAUUCUGAGGACAGUAACCAAUCACACACUGAGGACAGGAACCAAUCAAACCUCGAGGACAGGAGCAAAUCGCACGGUGAGGACACACGCCAAUCACACGAUGAGGACAGGAGCCAAUCACACGAUGACGAUGGAAACCAAUCACAUGCUGAGGACAAGAGUCAAUCACGCGAUGAGGAUGGGAACCAAUCACAUGCUGAGGACAGGCAUGAGUCACAUGCCACUGACACCUGCAGCUCAUGACUGAGACAAUCCAGAAACACCUACUUGUAAACUCCACCCCCAUGUCAGAAGGCCCUCCCCCAAUCUAAGGGAAUGUUUUCCAUCCAAUCAUUAAUCAAAUUUAACUUUAUGAUGUCACAACAAUGAUCUCAGGUGUGUUUCUGUCUGCAUGUAGAAGUCAGUCGUGAUGUUCAUCAUGGAAAAAACAUCACUGAGAACACCUGAGCUCCAUUUCAGGCUGCAUCUCUCAAAUGAGGUGGAGCCUGAAAUGGAGCUCACCAAACCAGUGGAGCUCACCUGAACUCAACAAAGCAGAUGCAGUGUGCAAUGGAUUCUGGUAUGGUGAGGUCUAACAGAGACCUCUGCUGUGAUGAUGCGUUUGGACUGGACAGGUUGGCCAGGGGGACGUAGGCAGAGCCUGAAAUGGGACGUUUCCUUAGUGAUGUUAGUACUUACACUGAUGAUAAACAAACAAAAACAGCUGCACCUGAAAACAAAAAGUUUUUUACAAAGUUGAUAAAAUGUUAUUGAAUUUUUUUUAAUCUCUUGAAUCAUCUUUGCUGCGAGCUAAUUGGCUGAAAUGUUAAACAGCACAGUCCAUAAAAAGUCAUAAAGUUUUAAGAUCCAAUUUGUCAGUUUUACAUUUUAUAAAUUCUCACAUGACUCUGAGAACUUUAUUAAUCAUUCAGAGAGAUGUUUUUCUGUGUUUGUCUUUCUUCAGAUGUAUUUUUAUAAACUUCUUUAUAUUCACAAGUGACUCUUAAUUCCUGUCAAUAAAACGACACAAGUACAUUAAUAAAAUGUCAGUGAAAGCAGGACGCAUGGACAGAUCCACAUUCACCAAAGAUUCUGCUUGUAAUUAUGAAAAAUUCAUAACUGCAAGAGAAGAUUUUGUCAAAUCAAAGAGGAAGAUUUCUUCUCAUGAUGUGAAAACACUGAUAACAUUUUGUAAUUUCACCAUUAUGAAAAAGAUCUUUGAUUCCAAGAUUUUCUAACCACAACAAACAAGAAAAUUAUGAGACAUUUUAUAACUGUGAUGAAAAGUUUUAAAAUGACAUAUUAAAAAAAAAAGUAAAAGUCUAUUAAUUUCCAUAAAAAGUGUCAAUCAAAAGCACAAGAAUAUUUAAUACAUAAAACAUAUAAGUGUCAUGAAUUCAGAUGUGAUAAUUUCUCUUUGGUGAAUAUUCUGUGACUAUCAAAGUUUGAUUUUGUUUUUAUGAAUUUCUGUGAAAUUACCACAGGAUGACAUCACACUGUGGCUCCGCCCCCACUGAAGUCUUUGAGGAUUUAAUAUUUCAGACCUGCCAGGUGAACGCCCCUUCAGGUUUUAACCAUAAACAGUGACGUCAUAAGUCCCGCCCCUUCUGCUGUGGUUGUACAUUAGUUUUAUAUUUAUAAUUUUAUUCUUGUGUUCUGAAGAGUAUCUAUUGUUAUCUACUGUAUCUAUAAAAGUUUAUUUUAAAGUUAAAUUAAAAAUCUAUAUUUGUAGUGUACUCAGACAGUCUGACAGGAAUUGGACACCUCCUCCUCUGGGAUGUCACUGCAAGGGGCGGGGCAUAUGUUUCCCUCAGGUUUCCACGGUAACAGCUGAUGAAUUUAAGCCUCCAGAUCGUUUUAAUGUUUUCAACAACCUGCUGAUAUUUAUAUGAACUUUGCUUCUGUCAGUGUUUGAUAAGAUCAAUAAAGUUUCUGA